AUGGCUCAUGGUCCCAAGAAACAUCUGAAGCGUGGAGCAGCUCCAAAGCAUCGGAUGCUGGAUAAGUUAACAGGAGUUUUUGCUCCAAGGCCAUCCACGGGUCCCCACAAGCUGAGGGAGUGUCUCCCACUCAUCAUCUUUCUGAAAAACAGACUGAAGUAUGCCCUGAUGGGACAUGAAGUAAAGAAGAUCUGCAUGCAACAAUUCAUCAAGAUUUAUGGCAAGGUCUGCACUGAUAUUACAUACCCUGCUGGCUUUAUGGAUGUCAUUAGCAUUGAGAAGACAGGUGAACAUUUCCAUAUGGUUUACGACACAAAGGGAGACUUUGCUAUUCAUCGUAUUACAGCUGGGGAGGCUAAAUAUAAAUUGUGCGAAGUGAGAAAAACCUUUGUGAGUACAAAAGGUAUUCCCCAUCUGGUGACCCAUGAUGCCCGUACUAUCCGUUACCCAGAUUCUCUCAUCAAAGGGAAUGACACAGUUCAGACUGAUUUAGAAGGAGGCAAGAUCACUGAUUUUAUCAAGUUUGAUACUGGUAACCUAUGUGUGGUGACCUAUGGAGCUAACUUGGGUGGAAAUGGUGUGAUCACAAACAGGGAGAAACACCCUGGCUCUUUCGAUGCUGUCCAUGUAAAAGACGCCAAUGGCUAUAGUUUUGCCUCUAGGCUCUCAAACAUUUUUGUUACUGGCAAAGGUAAGAAGCCUUGGAUCUCUCUUCCCCGAGGAAAGGGCAUCCGCCUUACAAUUGUUGAAGAAAGAGACAAGAGAUUGGCAGCUAAGCAGAGCACUGGCUAA